AUGGAAGCAGUAUUCCAAGCAAAAACUCGAGACGAAUGGAUGAAGCUUUUUGCUGGAAAGCAAGCCUGUGUGACGCCCGUACUAGACCUCGACGAAGCUGUGCAGUAUGAGCAUAACGUGGCGCGAGGAAGCUUCACGAAGCAGGAUGACCGAUCUGUUCCUCAACCAGCGCCCAGAAUGUACUCCAGCGAGGAGUUCAGAAAACUCAUUUCUAAACUUUGA